GGGGUAUAUAAGGAGACCAAAUCUUGGUUUCUUCAGUCCAGUGAUCUCAAUUGUAGCAUUAACAUCACCUCCAGUCUUCACAUCAAAGAUUAGAGAUGGUGGUUCCGUGGUUCGGAGUUCGGAGAAGGGAUGGUUCGGAUCCUCUAAGCAGGACUCAUCCUUCCAACCUCAAGGAGUCAGAAAAGAGGAUGAAGAUGGCAGAGAUUCCGAGUAACAAGGAUCCCGUAUUCUUCCCUCAAACAGGUUCUAGACCCAGGGUAGUCCGCGGACCAGUGCAAAAACCGAAACCUGGAGCAAGGUUAAGAUCUCGUCCAGUUCCUGUGGUUCCUGUAGAACCUGGAGCCAGGGAACCUGAACCCUGCUCCGUGUAUCCGGAGAAGUCCGUCUGUGAUCUCUGUCAGCUUCCUCUCCUGCUCCCAGACCUAGUUCGGGACAUUCCUGAUCUCCAAGGACGGAGAGGACGAACACGUCCUGUCGAACCAUCUUCUCUUCCAGAUCCUAGAAACAGGGAGGAGCUACUAUCGGAGAAUCAGGAAACCGGACAAGUAGUCCGACUAGAUCUCCGAGGUGUGGAUCAGGGUUGGAACCCUCCAAAACCUGCUGAAGAUUGUAUCCUGGAGUUGGUUGCGGAGCUCAUGAGAAAUAUCUCCGUCCCAGGAGGUUUCUCAACCCUGCUCCAGGCAGUUGCAAUUAUUGUUUGCAUUUCACAGUUCAAAAAAUAUUUUAAAUAAAUUAAAGAAAAUUUA